CCAGGGAGGGUCUAUCUGCCUGACUCUCCUCUCCUCAGCAGAGUCUCUCACUCCAACAACUCCUCUGUGACCAUGUCUGUUAGAGCCGUGAAGACCACCACCUACUCUACCGUGUCCUCCUCCAGGGGGCCCUCCCAAGGCUUCAGCAGCCACUCCUUCUCUGGCUAUGGGGGCCACAGCAUGGGCAGUGGCAGGCAGAGCUAUGCUCUCCGCAGCUCCUAUGGAGGAGUGGGCAGCAGCGGUGUGGCUAUGGGGGCCGGGGGAUUAAAAGUGGCUGGUGGUUAUGCUGCUGGAGGGUCUGGACAAAGAGGUGGAGGAGUGGAGUUUGGUUAUAUGGGCUUUGGUGGAGGUAUGGGAAUAGGCAAUGAAAUGCAUGCCCCCAUCACUGCAGUCACUGUGAACAAGAGCCUGCUGGCACCCCUCAACCUGGAAAUUGACCCCACCAUCCAGGCCGUCCGCACCCAGGAGAAGGAGCAGAUCAAGACCCUGAACAACCGCUUUGCAACCUUCAUUGACAAGGUUCGUUUCCUGGAACAGCAGAACAAAAUGCUUGAGACCAAGUGGAAACUCCUGCAGGAACAGACGUCGUCCCGCUCCAACAUCGAUUCCAUGUUUGAAGCUUACAUUGCCAACCUGCGCAAGCAGCUGGACAACCUGGGCCAUGAAAAAGUCAAACUAGAGUCUGACCUGAGUCACAUGACGGGCCUGGUUGAGGACUUUAAAAACAAGUAUGAGGAAGAGAUCAACAAGCGCAACGAGUGUGAGAACAGCUUUGUCCUUGCAAAGAAGGACACUGAUGCGGCCUACAUGGUCAAGGUGGAGCUGGAAGCCAAACUGGACGGACUGUCUGAUGAAAUUGAGUUCCUGCGGCAGAUCUUUGAUGCAGAAAUCCAGGAGCUGCAGGGCCAGAUCAAGGACACAUCUGUUGUGGUGGAGAUGGACAACAGCCGCAACCUGGACAUGGACGCCAUUGUUGCUGAAGUGCGUGCCCAGUAUGAAGACAUCGCCAACAGGAGCAGAGCUGAGGCCGAGUCAUGGUACCAGACAAAGUAUGCAGAGAUGCAGCAAUCAGCAGGAAGAUACGGUGAUGACCUGAAGUCAACCAAGGCUGAGAUCGCUGACAUGAACCGCAGGAUAAUGAGGCUUCAGUCUGAGAUCGACAUGGUUAAGUCACAGAGAAACAGUCUUGAGGCUCAGAUCGCAGAGGCUGAAGAGCGUGGUGAGAUGGCAGUGAAGGACGCUAAACUCCGCAUCAGAGACUUGGAGGAAGCUCUGCAGAGAGCCAAACAGGACAUGGCCCUGCAGGUCCGCCAAUACCAGGAGCUGAUGAAUGUGAAGCUGGCUCUGGAUAUCGAGAUCGCCACCUACAGGAAACUGCUGGAAGGAGAGGAGGACAGGCUGGCAACAGGAAUCAAGACCACUGUUUCCAAGCAGACAUCCUUGAACUACAGCGCCUACGGCCUGGAGAGCUCCCGCACCCCGUCCUAUGCUAGCAGCUCCUACAGUGGAAUCAAGGCCAGCAGCGGCGCUGAGGCAGCCAUGGUGAAAAGCACCACAGUCACCAAAACAGAAACCAUGAUGAUGAAAUCAGAGGAGAAGAAGGAGGAGGAAAAGGAGGAGGAGAAGCAGGAGCAGCCACAGGCAGCUGUUGAGGAGCCAGCAGCUGAGGAGAAGAAGGAGCAGGAGGAAGCGGAGGCUGAAGCUGUGGCCGAGGAGUGAUGAUUCCCCACGUCAGAUUUAUUAUCUUGGCUUUAGAGGUUAAGAAAAAAAAAACACAUUCCCUGCUUUUCAACCAAUUUCUGUAAUGACUCAUUCAUUGAUGGGUCUUUUUCAGUUUAUGCUGUAAGACGUAUAAACACAACAUUCCUUCAGAGAUCCUUAAUAAAGAGGUGCUAAUGACUCUUUGUCCAGCUUUCUGAAAACUUGCAGGUUUCAUCAAUACUUCUGUGACAACUGCACCACACUUGGUUAGCCGGCAGGUGGCACUGUUGUGAAUGUUUUCCUCUGCCGUUCCAUCUUUUAGAGCAUUUUAGCCACAUGACACUACACUUCACUGCCACGCUGAGCUCCUGUGCUGAAUCUGCUGUACUGAAACAGAUAUGUAAGGUGAACAUCAGUCACUAAUGUUCAUUACUUCUAUGAGGUUGGUGCAAUACUGCUGGCAACACCAAAGUCCUGUUUGCUUGACAAUAAAAGUUCUUUGAAACUAAA